UCGAUCCGCAACAUGCUGAAGUUCCUGAUCCUGUUGUCCGCCGUCGCCUGCGCCCUGGGAGGCACCAUCCCCGAGGGUCUCCUGCCCCAGCUGGAUGGUCGCAUCGUCGGCGGUUCGGCCACCACCAUCAGCAGCUUCCCCUGGCAGAUCUCCCUGCAGCGUUCGGGAUCCCACUCCUGCGGCGGCUCCAUCUACAACGCCAACAUCAUCGUGACCGCCGCUCACUGCCUGCAGUCCGUUUCCGCCUCCGUCCUGCAGGUCCGCGCCGGAUCCUCGUACUGGAGCUCCGGUGGCUCCGUCCACAAGGUCUCCUACUUCCGCAACCACGAGGGCUACAACGCCAACACCAUGGUCAACGACAUCGCCAUCAUCCGGCUGAGCAGCUCCCUGAGCUUCAGCUCCACCGUCAAGUCCAUCAGCCUGGCCAGCUCCCAGCCCGCCAACGGCGCCGCUGCCUCCGUCUCCGGCUGGGGCACCCAGUCCUCCGGCUCCAGCUCCAUCCCCACCCAGCUGCAGUACGUCAACGUGAACAUCGUCAGCCAGAGCAGGUGCGCCUCCUCCAGCUACAGCUACGGCAGCCAGAUCAAGAGCUCCAUGAUCUGCGCCGCCGCCAGCGGCAAGGACUCCUGCCAGGGUGACUCCGGCGGCCCUCUGGUCUCCGGUGGAGUGCUCGUCGGCGUCGUCUCCUGGGGAUACGGAUGCGCCGCUUCCAACUACCCCGGCGUCUACGCCGAUGUGGCUACUCUCCGCUCCUGGGUGAUCAACAACGCCUAAGCACUUUGCGAAUUAAAUCUUAUAUGAACAUAA